CUUUCUUCUCUUACCCUCCUUUAUAGAUGUAACACUUGGAGAUGCCAGCCGGAGGAAAACUCCAUGCUUGAGGGGAGUCAACAAUCAAACUUUCAAACUCCAAAUUCUGACCCUGAAAAUUGUCCGUCAGUGAAUUACAGUCCUGUGUCAGAGCUCCAGAAAGAGGGCCGCUCCUCAAACAUGGCCACAAGCCUCCACGGUGACCGGAGGAGCAAGCUUCCUUCGCCCCUGAGCAGGUGUCCUCCAAAAAGCUUUCACCAACAGGAUGUCCUGGAUCUUGACAGAUCACCCGAGAAGGCCAGUGGACAGAAGUGUGCUGGCCAGCAUGCCCACACCGAGAAGUGCGGGCACAAACGUGCAGACACUGAGGACAGAGAGAAGAGAGCAGAGCAGAGCCCCCUGGAACAGCCGGCCUCCCCGCGCCCCGCGGCCCCCGCGCGCCCCAAAGUCUACCUGAUUGUAGGGCUGCAGAAUGAACUGACCAAACACGGAGCCCUGAAGAGCAUGAGCGACUAUGAAGAUUUUUGGAAGCUGAUUCAGGAGGAAGUGCUUGGAACCGAAAUGAAAGAAAAACUCCAGAAGAUAAAAUGUAAAAUGAUGAACCCUAGGGCUUUUGCUGUUCCCAGGAGAAAGGAAGUCAGGCUGCGGGUUGGUACUGCUCAGGACAACGGGCUCCACCAGGGCACUCAGGUGGUCCAGCUUGGGCACCCAAAGGGGUUUGCGCAGACCCUAGUGCUAGGCCUCGGAGAAUUGGAAGAAGAGGAGAAGGGACGGAACAAGAUCACUGAUAAAACAAAGGAGAAGAAUUCCCGAAGUCAGAUUUAUCUUAGGCGUCUGUAUCAGAUGUACUCGACCUCUCUUGCCAACAGGGAAUUCUCUAGAAGACUGCUGGAGAGAGACGGCCGCUUUGCAGACAUGCAUACCGAGCGCAGAGCUGGAGGUCUGCUAGAUUACAUGAUCCCGGAUGGACACCCGCAGCCCCCGGAAGCCCCCCCCAGUGUGGUGGGGGCAGGGAGGGGGGACUGUGAGCUCACUGCCCAGCAGUCACAGGCACCGCCUGCCCUCUGCUUCCUGAAGCAUGAGAGCACAGCAAGUCCACGGGGAGCUUCCCACCCGAGAACAGGACCCCGAGGGACCCUGUGUGAGCAUGUGAAGGGCAAGCCUGGUCCCGCUGUGGAAGCCACCGCCCCUGGACUCAUAGCACCCCUGACCUUGGAGCAUGUGGCUCAGACGCAUCACGUGGUGGAGGCUAAGACAGCAAGUCGAUACUGGGUGAACUACGUGGAUGAGCAAUAAAGUUGCAGCACAGUAACUACAUUAAAAAGAUGAAGAAAUCCGAGCAAACAGGAAACAUCAGCUUUCUUUCUCUGGCUCAGAGUUAUGAGCAGUGAUGGGACCGAGUGCAGAGCGCUCCUGACACAAGCUUCAGCUCUGUCUUCACCGUGAACGCGGCAUUUCCAUGUGGAAAGGGAGCCACAGAAACAAAUGUCCAUAGACGCCAAGUCACCAUGCAGUCAGAUCAUGGUGG